AAUCGCCGGCUUCUCAUCGAUCGAUCGAUCGAGAGAGAGAGAGAGAGAGAAGCAGAGCCGUUGGAUGGACGAAUCGUGGAGGAUCUCGAUGGGAUCGGUGGUCCCUCGUCGGCGUUCCACCGAGCAACACCGGCCGCCGAGGAGCAGCGGCGACCUCAACCCCGAUGACUUCCGUGACGUUUUCGGCGGCCCGCCGAGGACCGUCCUACUCCGGCGAUUCUCGGGAGAUUUUUCCCCGCAACCGGCAGCGUCGCUCUACGACGAGAUCUUCCGGCCGGGUGAGUACGGGUUCCAGACAUCAAGGGCGGGGAGGAGCUUGCCGGCGUUCAUGAUUCCGGUGGCGAGGGGUGGGGGAGGGGUGUUGAGGACGGAGGAGGGGUUCUAUGAUGAUAUAUUCGGAUCGGGAGGUGGAGAUCGGAGGUCGAGAUCGAGAUCGAAGUCGAAGUCUAGGUCGACUUCGUCGUCGGUUUUGAGUUCCGAGGAUGUGAGCCCGCCUCUCCGCCGCCACAUCGGCGACGAUGCCGUGCUCUCUUCCUUCGCCUCCAAGCUCAGGCCAAUAACAAUCCCAACAAGGCGGCAAAACUCAUCACCACCAUCAACGGUAUCAGUUGGAGAACAGAGCAGCUUCCGAACACUGAGCAUCCCUUGUCCUCCAAGGCCCUGCUUCACUAACAGCCAUGAAAGAAGCAAGAGCAGCACCAAGUCUCAUAUUGGCUUCUCAUGCUGCUUCUCUCCUCCAGAAAGCACCAGUCUUGAUCCAACCUUUCUCCAUGAUACCAUUGCCUACAACCAUCUUCAAAAUGAUGAUGAUUGUUCUCACUUUGACUCUGACUCUGGCUCCGCUUCUUCAGUCAUAUCCUCUGUUUUUCCUGAUCACACUGCAAACAGACCCACUUGCUACCAAGAUUGGAACAGAGCUGAGUUUGAACAGGAGAAGGUGGUUGUAGAGGUGGAGGAUGGAGAAGCAGCAGACAGCUCUUACUUCAUUGAGCUUGAUAACCGAACUGGCACCGGGUUCAGAGAUGCUGCCGGGGAUGCUGCGGUGGAUGAAGCUAUUGCAUGGGCAAAGGAGACUUUCAGAAGCCAUCAGGAAUCCAAAGAAGAUGAUGAUGAUGAUGAUGACCUGCAGAUUGACUCCAAGGAAACAAGUGAAGACAUGGAUAGUAGUAGUAGAUGGGUGGUGUCUUGAGUAUGUUACAUCAUGAUGUGCUUCCAGUGCAGUGAUUAGUAGUUACUCUGUUUGGUUUUCACUCUGAUUUUGGAGUUUAUGUGAAUCUAUGAACAACUCAUACUUUGAUA